AUGCAGUGGAUAUUGGCGAUAUUUUGCUGGUGGUGUGCACCUUCCACUAAGCCCCCUGAAGAAGACAUUGGCAAUUCACCUGGCUACAAACUCGCGUCCAAAAUGAUUAGGAAAUCCAUCAACUUCUCGGUGGAUCCAUGUCAAGACUUCUAUGAGUUUACUUGCGGUAACUGGAUAAAAAAGAAUCCAAUUCCCGGUCACCACAUAUCUUAUUCUCAAUUUACAAAACUUGGAGAUAAAGUGGAAAACGAACUAAGAGAGUUGUUUGAAUCAAAGAAGAGUUAUAAAUCAAAAGUUAUGAACGGUUUGAAGAUUUAUUACAAGAAAUGUAUGGACAUAAAUGGACAAAAUCGUAUUGGUGCGAGGCGAAUGAUACGGACACUAAAUAAAUUUGGCGUUUGGCCGAUUUUGCAAGGAGAUAAAAAAUGGAAAAGAGAGGAUUUUGAUUUGACUUCAUUGCUUUCAUUCGUUUCACGCCGCCGCCGAGUUGACUUGUUCGUUAAUUUCAAAGUAACUGAAGACGAAAAAAACGUGUCUCGCCGUCUUCUCGAGGUUACGCUGUAUCAAGAAGAUGGCAAACUCCCCAUAAACACAACGAAGACUGGAGAGGAUGUAGACGAAGUCAUUGAAUUAGAAACAAAAAUAGCAGAGAUUCGCGCUUCAUUCGGGGCUUCCAAAAAUCUUGACCAGUUUUACAAUCUGCGUCGCUUUAGAAAAUUGAGAAAAUAUAAUACAUGCCACUGGUUCGUAUUUACGCAUCAUUUUGAGCCAAGAAACGAUGGAUCAUCAAACCACAAGUUAUCUUUCGAUCAGAUUGACUGGCACCGGUUUUUCCGCGAAGUCGCUCCAGCUGCUGCCCGCCCUUACUUUGAAUCAAACCCACAAAUACUCGUUCGAGAUUUUGAAUAUUUAAAAAGAAUAAGCAAACUUUUAAAUAAAACGGACCCUCGCAUCAUCACAAACUACGUUUUUCUACGAUUUUCUUCAAUACUAACAAAGGAGAUGGGAGAAAGAUACGAGGACGCCACUCAGGAUUAUAUGCGCGCGAUGUAUGGAAGACAAGAGAAAGCACCGCGGUGGAAGGAAUGUACCAAAAGCACUAAGGAUCUAUUGAAAUACGCAACUAGUGCAAUGUAUAUAAGGAAAGCAUUCGACAAGAAAGCUUUGCACAAGGAAAAGAAAAUGUUGCGUCUGGUAGCAUAUCCCGACUUCGUUCUAGACGACAAGAAGCUUGACAAAGCAUAUGACGGCCUGAAUUUGAAUGACGAUGAUUCGUACAGUGAAGUGCUGGAAAAGAUGGGUCGGUACACCAUCAAAUUCAUCUUUAAACGAUUAAUGGAACCAGUAGAUCGCUCUGAGUAUGGUUUCAACUCAGCUGCAGUGAACGCUUACUACGACACAGCUAACUCUAUUAAACUCCCUGCUGCCAUUCUUCAGGCUCCAUUCUUCCACCACACUUUUCCAAGGGCAUUUAACUACGGAGGAAUUGGGUCUAUAAUUGGGCAUGAAAUCACACACGGCUUUGAUCAUGAAGGACGGCAGUAUGAUGCUUACGGGAAUCUUCAUAAUUGGUGGAAUAUGGAUAUGCAGAAGAAGUUUGAAGAGCAUGCUCAGUGCUUUGUCGAUCAGUACAAUAAGAUUGAAGUACUACCCAGCACCAAUCACAGCAUCAAUGGUGAACUCACGCAAGGAGAAAAUAUUGCUGAUAAUGGCGGAGUUAAACAGGCUUACAGGGCUUACAAAGCUUAUCUGCAAAAGCAUGGUGGGAAGGAACCGAGGAUUAAAGGCCUCGAAAAUUAUGACAACGAUCAGAUGUUUUUCAUAGGCUAUGCUUCGGUUUGGUGUGAGCAUACCACGCAGCAGAGAUUGCUCAACCAAAUUCUUACUGAUAGGCAUUCUCCGGCACGUUAUCGGGUCAACCAAGUGCUAGCCAACCAGCCCGAAUUUGCUAGUGCUUUCAAGUGUAAGAAAGGCACUCCGAUGAACCCAAAAAAAUCCAAACGUUGUGCUGUCUGGUAG